AUGUGCUCAUCUGGCGCCUGCAAAUGCACAACUUUCCAGGGUUUCCAGGACCAGACCACAUACACCGUGGUAAACUUCCCAUACGGUGUUGCAGUGGCAGACUUCAAUGGAGAUGGCCAUCUUGAUGUCGUGAGUUCGGGUCUCCGCACCGGCGAGAAUGCAGUGAGUAUCUUGCUGGGGACUGGGACCGGAAGCUUCCAGCCGCAGACUACAUUCCCCGCAGGGCCCGGGCCUGCUGGUGUUGCGUUUGGUGACUUCAACAAAGAUGGAAAGAUCGAUAUCGUGGCUGCAAACCUCGGCGCCACUCAAGUGAGUGUCUUGAUUGGCAAUGGUGACGGAACCUUCCAGUCGCCAACCGCAUACGGCGUGGUGACCAAUCCGUAUAGUGUUGCGGUGGGAGACUUCAGCGGAGAUGGAAAUCUCGAUAUCGUGGCUACAAAUUACGUUGAUAACUCAGUGAGCGUUCUGCUUGGGAAUGGUGACGGAACCUUCCAGCCGCAGGUCAGGGUCGCCGUGGGAGCCUUUCCCCUCGGUGUUGCGGUGGGCGAUUUCAAUGGAGAUGGCAAGCUCGAUAUCGUGGCUGCAACCUCUGGCGACAAUACGGUCAGCGUGGUACUUGGAAAUGGCGAUGGAACCUUCCAGACGUUCACCGCAUACGCCGUGGGAGCUAAUGACCUUGGGGUUGCAGUGGGCGAUUUCAAUGGAGAUGGCAAGCUCGAUAUUGUGGCUGCUAAUAACGGCGGUAACUCAGUGAGCGUUCUGCUUGGGAAUGGCGAUGGAACCUUCCAGACACAGACCUCCUUCCCUGUUGGGUCAGGCCCGUAUAAUGUUGCAGUGGGCGACCUCACCGGAGAUGGCAAUCUCGAUAUCGUGGUCACAAACUACAACAGUAAUACGGUGGGUGUCCUGUUAGGCGAUGGAUCUGGAGGCUUCCAGACGCAGGUCACGUACCCUGUGGGGUCCAGGCCGCUUGACGUUGCUUUGGGCAAUUUCAACGAAGAUGAUCGUCUCGACAUCGUGGAUACCAACUCGGGGCAGAACACAGUGAGCGUCUUGCUGGGGAUAUCUUGCGCUACUUAA